CAUCAACUUCCUCUUCCUGUUCGUCGUUUCGCCUCAGCAAAUAAUGGGCUGUGACAAGUGACGGUGACACAUAAUGAGAUGAGUGGAAACUAAUAGAUCUACCUGUGUAAAAGACGUCACUGCCUUUUAUUAUUUUUCCAAUAUGAUGCAGUUUAUGCUGCUGUUUAGCCGUCAAGGCAAGCUGAGGUUACAGAAAUGGUUCGCAGCUCAUCCCGACCGCACAAAGAAGAAGAUCACGCGUGAGCUGAUCACCCUUGUUCUCGCAAGAAAACCAAAGAUGUGCAGUUUUCUCGAGUGGAAGGAUCUCAAAAUUGUAUAUAAAAGGUAUGCUAGUCUAUAUUUCUGCUGUGCAAUAGAGCCUGAUGAUAACGAGUUGCUGACCUUGGAAGUGAUUCAUCGCUACGUGGAGCUACUGGACAAAUAUUUCGGAAGUGUCUGUGAGCUGGACAUAAUCUUCAACUUUGAGAAGGCGUACUUCAUGCUGGAUGAGUUCCUGCUGGGCGGGGAGGUACAGGAGACAAGCAAAAAGAACGUGCUCAAGGCCAUCGCCGCCCAGGACCUGCUGCAGGAGGAGGAAACUCCGCAGGGUUUCUUUGAAGAUCACGGCCUGGGCUAAGACGGCCAGCGGGCCGGCACAGUUAGGAGCUGGGCUGUACACCUUCCUCAGCAUGUCCCCCCCCCACCCCUCACCCCCACCUACCUAUGUCUGCUGGAAAAGCAAAACGUACAUUCUCACCCCCAUCAUGUGAAUCUGCCGUUUGAGAGGAGAACUCUCCACCUCGGGUUUAUCACCCCCUCGAGUGUGUCGGGAAGUUUGUCGUGAAUGUCCACGUGGCAGUGUUUAGUGUUUUCAUUUUUAGAGAGUUCCUAGUUUUUUUGCUUUGGAGCGCUACCUUCCAUUUGGUACCUAGUUGAAAGUUUGGACAACCUUGACGGUGGUUAUUGUACAACAUAAUAAUAAUAAUAAUAUUGUUCAGAGAUAGCAAUGGUGUGGAUGAAUGUUUGUUAGCAAGGAUAUAUUUUUUACAAACUUUUGUUUGUUCAUGACAACCUGCGUGACCCGCAUUGACAGACCAUCAUUUUUUGUACUUUUUCCCCCACAAAGUUUUUUGAUAGGAUAUUUGAAGACUGUUUUUUUGUUGGGAGGACUAAUGGCAGUAAGCAAUGACAUUCGUUUUUUUAUGAUUUGUAUAUAUAAUAUACUCUACCGUGAUUUUUUUUACUCAGAACUGUGUUGUGACUUGUUUAUUUUGUUUCCAUCAAAAUAAAACGUUCUUUUCUUUUAUUUAAAAAGUAUAUAUAUUUUUCCAGCGUUAAGACCUGGGAGUAUAUUUCUCCAAGUAUCACACUUUGGCAUUCCCCUACUGGACAAAGCAUGAGGAUGACAUUCCAUUGAAGAUUUUAUGAGAUUUAAUUAAAUGUUUGUGAAAUUGUUCUGAAAAGACAGUGUGUAGAAAAGUACAAUUCUUUCCCUACUCGACAUGAAUUGUGCACUCCGGUGUGCCAUGACUUCUUUGUUUCUCUGUUUAUAUUUAUAUAUAGUUGAAUGUUGCCAAUCCAGAGCCCUUUACUCAGUGCUGUUCUCCUUCAUCUCAUUGUUUUGCUUUCUCCCCCUGGACCGCCGUGGGUGGUGGGCGGGUGCUCUCUUGACAUACAUCCUCCCCUUGGCGCUCAUAUGACCUUAUGCAGUUGUGAGCGCCGGAAAAACGUGUCAUGACGUGUGUUGAUGUAAUCUGAAGGGGGGUGUUUCAUGAUCUGUGCUGUAUCUUACUGUAGGGUAGGAAAGCUAUGACACUCCUCUCCCCCCCCACCCCCCCCCCCCCCCCAGCAUAAGGCGCAGGAAUGGUCGGGGUGUUCGCUGUUUGUGUUGGCUAUUGUCUGUUUUCUCUCUCAGUCCUGUCUUUCUGUUCCGGUACAUUGUUUUGUUUUUUUCUCUUCGUUCUGUCCUUCUCUACGUUGGUUUUUUUUUCUCUUAGUUCUGUCUUUCUGUACAUUAUUUUGUUUUAUUUUUUUCUCAGUUCUGUCCUUCUGUGCAUUAAUUAAACAUUCCUUGUUGUACUAAGUUCUACAAUUGGUGAGCGUGUGCGUGAGUGAGUGAGUGCGUGAGUGAGCCGUGUCAGUUUUGUCCGUGAAUUCCCCCAUCAGUUUUCUGUAACUUUGGGUUUUCCAUGACUGGCUCACAGUGGACUGUGACAGAUCUGUGGGUUCAUGUGCGCCAAACAUGCAGAACAAGAAUAAACUUGCUUUUGUGUACAAACA